AUGAAUCCAGACUAUUCAAGAAUAAAAUUCACAUUUCCAUCUUUGGAAAAAUUUAUAAUAAUGGUAUUAUUAGAAUGAGUCUUAGGAUUUUAACAAGAAAAUAGCACUGGAGGACUUAAAAUUUACUUUUACAAAUGUUUUGAAAAUUGAUUUAUUCGGUUAAAAAGUUCAUUUUUCAGUCUCCAAAGGUCUGAAUUUUCUCUAGUUAAAUUCAUAACAAUCACUCUAUGGGCAAUAAAUUUAAGAUCUUUUUAAAACUGAUAAGAAUUACAUCGAAAUUGUAGUAAAGUUUUUACAAGAAGGAGCAUGA